AUGACUUCUGUUUCGAUUCCACGGAGGAUGAAAGGCGUUCAGAUAAAGAACUUUGGCGACGCCGAAGUUUUGCAAUACAAGACCGACUUACCAGUCGGUGUUCCGGGGCAUGGAGAGGUCCUGGUCAAGAAUGAGUUCAUCGGCAUCAACUAUGUCGACGUAUACUGGCGCCGUGGAAUGAUGGGUAUUCCUCCCAACGGAAUAAUUGGCCGCGAAGCAGAGGGAACAGUUGUCUCUACCGGCGCCGGAGACGUCAACAGUCUCAAAGUUGGCGAUCGCGUCGUUUGGCUCGCCAUGGGCGGCUACGCAGAGUAUACCAUUGUACCCGCCUCGCUGGCUUAUCCAGUUCCGGCCGAUAUCAAACCUGGCGUCGCGGCUGCAGCGCUCUUACAGGGCCUUUUCGCCAUGUCCCUUAGCCACAAAAUUGUCCAGGUGAAAGAGGGGAAUUGGGCGCUUGUACAUGCUGCUGCUGGAGGUGUAGGGCUAUGGUUGUGCCAACUGCUCAAGGCCCUUGGUGCAAAGACGAUAGGCACUGCGAGCACAGCAGAAAAAAUGAAGCUUGCAGUGGAAAAUGGGGCCGAUUACGUGAUUAACUAUGAAGAGGAAAAGGACCUUGUGAAAACAAUUGAGGAGGUCACGGGCGGCUACGGGGUAGAUGUUGUGUAUGAUGGUAUUGGAAAGGACCAAACACAGAACAACGUGAAUGUUGUAGCGAAGCAUGGGACAAUCGUUACUUACGGCGCUGCUUCCGGAUUCCCGGCUCCCAUAUCCCAUGCAACGUUGACGGCGAAGAAUAUAAGGUUUGUAGGGCCUGCUGAAAGCGCGCUGAUGAGAAAUAUCGGAGGCGGGUUUGAGAAGUGGUGUGCAAAGCUCUUUGAUACCAUCGCGAACGACAAAAUAAAUGUUGUAAUUCAUGACACAUAUUCGCUUUCAGAAAUCGUGAGGGCCCAUAAAGAUCUCGAAGCACGGAAGACUACUGGGAAGGUUCUUGCGAAGCCAUGA